CUUUUUUUUCUAAAUAGAAGAGGUUUCUUGAAUUUUCUGGCAUUAUUGGGUUUUGCAAUUAGCAAUGUGGAAUGGGUUUCUGGUUUGGGUGGUGGUGGUGCUAUUUUGCUCAUUGAUUUAUUGUGUAGAAGCUUCUGUUUCAUAUGAUUCCAAGGCCAUUUCUGUAAAUGGCCAGAAGAAAAUUCUCAUUUCUGGAUCCAUUCACUAUCCAAGAAGCACCCCUGAGAUGUGGCCAGAUCUUAUUGAGAAAGCUAAAGAAGGUGGUUUGGAUGUGAUUCAGACAUAUGUUUUCUGGAAUGGGCAUGAACCUGAACCUGGCAAGUAUUAUUUUGAAGAGAGGUAUGAUUUGGUGAAGUUUAUUAAGCUGGUGCAACAAGCUGGGCUUUAUGUUAAUCUCAGAAUUGGUCCCUAUGCUUGUGCUGAAUGGAACUUUGGGGGUUUCCCAGUUUGGCUAAAGUAUGUUCCAGGCAUCAGUUUCAGGACGAACAACGAGCCUUUCAAGGCGGCAAUGCAAAAUUUCACAACCAAGAUUGUGAAUAUGAUGAAAGACGAAGAGUUGUACGAAACUCAAGGUGGUCCGAUCAUAUUAUCGCAGAUCGAAAAUGAAUAUGGACCAAUGGAAUACGAGCUCGGUGAACCCGGAAAAGCUUAUACUGAAUGGGCGGCUAAGAUGGCUGUGGAUCUUGACACUGGUGUUCCGUGGAUAAUGUGCAAGCAAGACGAUGCCCCUGAUCCAAUUAUUAAUACAUGCAAUGGUUUCUACUGUGAUUACUUCUCUCCUAAUAAGGCUUAUAAACCAAAGAUGUGGACCGAAGCAUGGACUGGCUGGUUUACUGAAUUUGGCGGUCCAGUUCCGUACCGACCGGCUGAAGAUUUGGCAUUCUCUGUUGCCAAAUUUAUUCAAAAAGGAGGGUCUUUCAUUAACUAUUAUAUGUAUCAUGGAGGAACAAACUUCGGUAGGACCGCCGGUGGUCCGUUUAUCGCAACUAGCUAUGACUACGACGCACCUCUCGAUGAAUACGGAUUAUUGAGGCAGCCUAAAUGGGGCCAUUUGAAAGAUUUGCAUAGAGCAAUCAAGCUUUGCGAGCCGGCUCUCGUAUCUGGCGACCCUAUUGUUACUCCACUUGGAAACUAUCAAGAGGCUCAUGUGUUCAAAUCGAGGGCCGGUGCGUGUGCUGCUUUUCUUGCAAAUUACAAUCAGCAUUCAUUCGCAAAGGUGUCGUUUGGGAAUAUGCACUACAAUUUACCCCCUUGGUCUAUCAGCAUUCUUCCCGAUUGCAAGAACACUGUUUAUAAUACAGCAAGGAUUGGUUCCCAAAGUGCACAAAUGAAGAUGACACCUGUCAGUAAAGAAUUUUCAUGGCAGUCGUACGAUGAAGAGACAGCAUCACUGGAAGAAAAUUCGUUCACGAUGGUUGGAUUGGUGGAGCAGAUCAAUACAACUAGAGAUAACACCGACUAUUUGUGGUACACAACGGAGGUGACGAUUGAUACCAGUGAAGGGUUUUUUCGAGGUGGUCAAUUGCCGUCCCUUACGGUAUUAUCUGCGGGCCAUGCGUUGCAUGUAUUUAUCAACGGACAAAUAUCAGGAACUGCCUAUGGAAGUCUAGAAAACCCUAGGUUAACUUUCAACGAAGCAGUGAAUUUGAGAGCAGGAGUUAAUCAAAUUUCUCUUCUUAGCAUUGCUGUUGGUCUCCCGAAUAUUGGACCACAUUUCGAAACAUGGAAUGCCGGUAUUCUUGGUCCUGUUUCAGUCAGCGGACUUAACGAAGGGAAACGAGACUUAACAUGGCAAAAAUGGUCGUAUAAGGUUGGUCUAACGGGAGAAUCUCUGAGCCUUCAUUCACUUAGUGGGAGCUCUUCUGUAGAAUGGGUUGAGGGAUUGUACGUCACCGAAAGACAACCUUUGACAUGGUACAAGACUACUUUCAAUGCUCCAGAGGGAGACGAGCCCCUGGCUUUAGAUAUGAAUACAAUGAGUAAAGGUCAGAUUUGGAUAAAUGGAGAAAGCAUCGGCAGAUAUUGGAAUCAAUACAAAGCAUCUGGCGAAUGUGUCCCCUGCAAUUAUACUGGUUGGUUCGACGAGAAAAAAUGCCUUAGCAAAUGCGACGAAGCUUCUCAAAGAUGGUACCAUGUCCCACGAUCGUGGCUUCGGCCAAGCGGAAAUCUAUUGGUCGUAUUUGAAGAGUGGGGAGGAAACCCUAAUGGGAUCUCUCUAGUGAAAAGAGAAGUCGAAAGUGUAUGCGCUGAUAUAUACGAAUGGCAGCCAAAUUUAAUGAAUUGGCAAAUGCAAUCGUCGGGCAAAGUCACUAAGGCAUUGAGGCCUAAAGCUCACCUCUCGUGUGCUCCCGGUCAAAAAAUCUCGUCAGUCAAAUUCGCUAGCUUCGGAACUCCCGAGGGAGCUUGUGGAAGCUUCCGUCAAGGAAGUUGCCACGCGUUUCACUCUUACGACGUUUUUGAAAGGCAAUCUUGCUCGGUGCCUAUAACGCCGGAGAUAUUUGGAGGGGAUCCGUGUCCGAAUAUCAUGAAGAAACUUUCUGUGGAAGCUGUCUGCAGUUAAAUCUAUUACAGGUCCUAGGAUGUUCUGAUCUUUUUUAAGGUGGUUUUGAGAAACCGUCGUAAUAUUUUACGACGGCCAUUUUUUCGUUUGGGUAUUUUUGAUGGUGGUGAAGUUGUACAUACAUGCAACACACCAUAACUAGUCAAAAAGCCUCGGUCGAUUAUUUUUGAAAGGUGAUUCAAGAAAGAGAAUGUAUAUAUACAUACAGACAGUAAAAAUUGUCGUCUAGAAUGCACGUUUGUGAUGAUGAAACGAGUCCAUGUGCGAAAAAUCGCCGGUCUUUUUAGGACAUCGUAAGAUCUGAUUCCUCCUUUUUAUUUUUUAAUUUAUAAUUAUUUAUAAAUAUAUGUGUGUAGAAAACAAUGAACAAAGUCGAAAGAAAGAAAAUUCGGAGUUCAUAUUACGUAUC